CACAGAGCAUGGCCCGAGGCACGGAGCGAGGCCGCGGGGGCGCGGGCUGGGGGCUGCGCGGCGCCCUGGCCGCGGUGGCGCUGCUCUCGGCGCUCAAUGCUGCGGGCACGGUGUUCGCGCUGUGCCAGUGGCGCGGGCUGAGCGCGGCGCUGCGGGCGCUGGAGGCGCAGCGGGGCCGGGAGCAGCGCGAGGACAGCGCCCUGCGCGCCUUCCUGGCCGAGCUGAGCCCGGCGCCCCCGCUGUCCCCCGACCCCGGGAGCGCCGCGCGCAACAAGCGCAGCCACGGCGGGGAACAGGCGCCGCACAUCCGCGCCGAGAGCCACGACAUGCUGAUGAUGAUGACCUACUCCAUGGUGCCGAUCCGAGUGAUGGUGGACCUGUGCAACAGCACCAAGGGUAUCUGCCUGACAGGACCACCUGGCCCACCAGGACCUCCGGGAAUUGGCGGGUUACCAGGACACAACGGGUCAGAUGGACAGCCUGGUCCCCAGGGCCCGAAAGGCGAAAAAGGAGCAAAUGGAAAAAGAGGAAAAAUGGGGCUACCUGGAGCCACAGGAAAUCCAGGGGAAAAGGGAGACCCUGGUGAACUGGGCUUGACUGGAAACGAAGGUCCUGCAGGACAGAAGGGUGAAAAGGGGGACAAAGGGGACGUGUCCAACGAUGUGCUCCCCGCAGGUGCCAAAGGUGACCAAGGCCCACCUGGCCCACCCGGCCCAUCUGGGCCCCCGGGCCCUCCAGGUCCCCCAGGACCCCCUGGAAGCAGAAGAUCCAAAGGCCCUCGGCAGCCAAACAUCUUCAAUGGCCAGUGCCCAGGGGAGACAUGUGCUAUACCAAAUGAUGAUACCUUGGUUGGAAAAGCUGACGAGCAAGUCAGUGAACACCAUUCCCCACAAGCAGAAUCCAUGAUUGCUUCCAUUGGAAAUCCAACACAAGUAUUAAAAGUGACAGAGACAUUUGGGACUUGGAUACGAGAGUCUGCUAACAAGAGUGAUGAACGGAUCUGGGUGACUGAACAUUUCUCAGGCAUCAGGGUGAAGGAGUUCAAAGACCAGCCCUCACUGCUGAACGGCAGUUACUCGCUUAUCCAACUCCCGUAUUUUUUCCAUGGCUGUGGGCAUGCCGUUUACAACAACUCUCUCUACUACCACAAAGGAGGCUCCAAAACCAUAGUGAGAUUUGAAUUUGGCAAAGAAACGUCCCAAACCCUGAAGCUUGAAGAUGCCUUGUAUUUUGAUCGAAAAUACCUCUUUGCAAAUUCCAAGACCUACUUCAAUUUAGCUGUAGAUGAGAAGGGUCUUUGGAUUAUCUAUGCUUCAAGUAUAGAUGGCUCGAGCAUUCUUGUAGCACAACUGGACGAGAGGACAUUCUCUGUGAUGCAACACAUCAAUACCACGUACCCCAAAUCCAAGGCUGGGAACGCCUUCAUUGCCCGAGGGAUUCUCUAUGUCACAGACACCAAAGAUAUGAGGAUAACCUUUGCCUUUGAUUUAUUAGGAGGGAAACAGAUCAAUGCAAACUUUGAUUUAAGAACUUCCCAGUCUGUUCUUGCCAUGUUAUCAUACAAUAUGAGAGACCAGCAUUUGUAUUCGUGGGAAGAUGGCCAUUUAAUGCUUUAUCCUGUGCAGUUUUUGUCAGCUACAUAAAACCAGUGAUGGAGUGCUUUCUUUUCCUUCCCCUCAGUAAGUUUCAGAUGUUCUCCAGCACCGUUUAUAUCCCAACAGAAAACUUGUCUUUCAGGGUAGCCAGGUACUCAGCUGUCGUAUCUCAUGACAUGAAUGUUUAUAUGGUCAGUGAAUCCCCUUUAAAUUCAGAUUCCUUAGGGGAAAAGAGCAACAGAUUGGAAGUCAAAAUGGCUGAGAUUUGGUAAUUCCUCCACAAACUAGCGGAGCAAGUUACCUCUUCCUCUUUGGGCCUUGUUUUCCCCGCUGGUGAUAUGGAAAGGCUGGCUGAGAGGAUGGUAAGCUUUCUUCUCCCUGUAGGGAAUUCUGUGAUUCUUGGCUGUGGCUACUCCCACAACUUUUAUGUUUAUGGUUUUUAGCCACGUGCUGAACAAAUUCACCUCUGAGUUGAGAAGCCUAAUUGCUCAAGCAAUGAAUUCCUUAGUGCUGACUUAUAUUUGGUGCCUUAGGCCACUGAGGUACCAUAUUACCCAUAAUAUAUUACCUUUCUCUGCAUCUGCGCCUGUACCCGCACCUGCUGCCACAGUGCCAGAAGAGCCGUUAUCCUCAGCUCCUGACUGCUGCCAGAGAUUAGCAAAAUCCAGGAACAGCUACCUGCUCAAGUUUCCUAAUGAAACAGAAACAGGCCCUUCCAGGUUCCUAUUAAUUUCUGAUCAUGCUGAUAUGCAGCUGUGGGUCAUAAACAUCGGAUCCUCAGGUCACACUGGCUUCUUCUACCACAGCUAUGGGUCAGAGUGCUAAAUAUUGUGUGAGUGGGCGUUAAUCUGGAAGUUUUCAGAAAAGACUCACCAUUUGUGGUUAUUGUCUAGAACAGGGAUGGGCAAAUUAUGGCCCUUGGUCCAAAGCCAGCCCAUCACCAGUUUUUGUAAAUAAAGUUUUAUUGGAACACAGUCACAUGCAUUUGUUUAUGUAUUAUAGUUUGUGCCUACUUUUGCUCAACAAUGGCAGAGUUGAGUCAUUGCAAGAAAGUUGAGCAGUGGCCCGCAAAGUCUAAAACAGUUACCCUCUGGCCCUUUUCAGCAAAAGUUUGCCGACCGCUGAUCUAGAACAUAAAGUGAGCUGGAUUCUUGGAAGGGCUUAUUCACCAGAACCUGCUUCUUAUGUUUUGUUUUGUUCUAGACUAAUAAGUGAUCAUUUAGAUGGUUUGAGUUUUUGGUAAAUGGGAAGGGUGAUAGCAUAAAAUUAAGUGGCCCUCCCAAAAAGCAGUUAGUGAACUGUUCUUCCCCUAAUAUAGUGUGGAAGGACGUGCUCUGGUCCCCUUGGAUGCCAGGAGAAAAUCCAGUUUAACUUGCUCCUAAAUGCCCUUAAAUACAUAUAUUUUUUGCCAACUCAGUUCUUCAAACAUCUUCAGCCAGGCACUGAGGUCCAAGCAGGGCCCCUGAGAGGAGAAAAGAAUCUGGAAAUUUCUUGGGGUCCUGCAGCCAGGAAGGCGACCUAGGGGAAAAUGUUAUGGAAAGAUUUUUCAUCAAUUCACCCUCAUUGAAUUCAUGUGUGUGUUGAAGGGAAGCUUCUGAAACAUUUUCACUGUGCCCAAAUCCAUUCUCAGUGGCCCUUAGUCUUGGUUUUAUACCUUAUUAAUAGAAGCAUUUUAAAACCUAGGGGAUAUAGAGAUUUAAAUAUUUAAAUCUCCCCACCCCCUGAAAAUACCUAGGCAGCUAUUACAGAUUUUUUGUUUUUGUGUUCUCAAAAUAAUGAGUAUUUGAAAGUUUUUCCCCACUUUUUAAUGAGAUUGGUUGUGUCAUGUCAUCACAGCUUUUGAAAAAUACUCUUUUCAGAUUCAUGUUUUAUAACAAAGUAAAAUAGAGUUUCAUGUUCAAGAUCAACAUGUCUAAUGAACACUAGGCUUCUUUUAAAGUAUUUUAUGUGUUGCUGUUUCUGGACACAGGGGACCUGGAUAUGAAUAUAAUUUCAUAGUAAUAGUCAUAUUAGUAAUAGUAAUAUGUACAAUACUAAUUAUAUAUAUAUAUGGUAGCAACCAAAA